AUGCCCGAGGAAGAUUUGAAGCUAUACAUUCCCCUUUAUGGAGACCGAAUAGCUGUCAAACAGUUUUGUAAUAACAGAACAAAGCCAAGCCGAAAAUUGGAACUUUUGAAAAAAUUGCAAGAUAAAAUCAAGAAAAAAUCAAAAAAUUGUAAUGGUUCAAGUUCCAGCCACGAAGAAGACGAAGAACCAGAAAAGAAAAGAAAAUACGGUAACGAGAAAUCUAGUCGCCAGGUAGAAAUAGGUUGGAUGUGUAGCUUAGAUGGUGACAAAUAUAAACAAGUGCGAACUAGGACUGGCGGAGGUACACGAAAAUUCCGUGCCUUGAAGACCAUGAAAAAAAGUGCCCUCAUUCAGAAAGGAAUCGAACUUUUUUUUCCGGGAAAUAUUUCCAAAAUGGGUGAAAUAGAAAAGUUUUCCGUCAAUCUAAUGGAUUUUAAGUUGUCCGUGAUCGAAGAUCACAUAACUGUCGAAGAUAUGUUUCAAAAUGCCAAAUUUUCUAAUUCGAAAGUGAGGAUAUAUUUAGCAACAAAAGAGAAAGUACAAACGGAUACCGGAACAUGUUCAACAGAAACGGAAGAUAGUAGUGAUCAUCUCACUACAUCAUACAUAGAAACUGUUCCAACCAGUAUGCCUUUUUCUGUUCCUGGUAUUCCAUCUUCACUGGAAUUAAAUGAACCACAGCAACAGCAAGAAACUUUAACUGAUGAGACCGAUUAUUCAACCAUUUCGCUUGGUUACCAAAAUGAAUCAAAUUCAAAUGUAGUGAUCGAAUUUGAGAAUGACAUAACUAGAUUUUAUUCCAACUAUAUCCCAACAGAUGUAUUUGAAGAUGAGACUGUAUCAAUAACACAGGAUCAAGAAAUAACGGAAACUUUUACACCAAAUGUGACUCCGACUACUACCCAGCAGGAAAAUUCAAAUCCCAUCAACUUGGAAUACAAUGUGGUCUUUCUUCGGCGUGGAACAGUUUUUGACGACCUUCUCCAGGUAUUUAUGACGUUGGACAAGGAUGGAUUACCUAUUCAAAUUAGGAUGAUAGGAUAUAAUGGACUAGAAGAGUGUGGCCAAGAUGUAGGGGGCGUGUUUCGAGACGCGUUAUCAGCAUUUUGGUCCAAUUUUAUGGACAGGUGUACAGUGGGCGCGAAUGUAAAAGUCCCAUACAUACGCCAUGAUUUCAAUGCUGAAAAGUGGGAAGCCAUUGCCUUGGUUUUAUAUAUUGGUUAUAAGGAAACUAAUUACUUUCCGAUCGAAAUUGCGAAAGUUUUUAUGGAAAUGGUUAUUUUUGAUCGUAGGUUGAGUGACCUAAAUGAAUCAUUUCUGUCAUAUGUCAGUUCGGAUGACAAAAUUUUGUUAGAAAAAGCUAAGUCAAAUUUUGGUGAUGUCGAUCAAGAUGCUCUUUUAGAUGUUUUGUCAGACUUGGGAUGUAAGAUUGCACCCAAUGAAAGAAAUAUUUCUGAGAUAUUAGAUGAGUUAGCUCACAAAGAACUCAUACAAAAAGGAAUGUUUGUUAUAAAUGCAUGGCAAAAAGUCCUUAAAAACUUCAUUUCUGAGGAAGCUUUUUUAAGCAUUUAUAAGACAAAGCAUAUCAAUUCAAGGAAUGUUUUGUCUCUAUUAUCUGCUCCUAGUGUUGAUCUUGAUGGUGAAAAGAACUCAAUCUUCAACUACCUCAAAAAGUUUAUCAGAGAAAGUACUGUGGUAACAUUAAAACAACUAUUGAGAUUUUGUACCGGAGCUGACGUCAUAGUAGGAAAACAAAUACAAGUAAACUUCAAUCAAAGACAUGGUCUGAAUAUGGUUCCAACAGCCCAUACUUGCUCUUGUAUUCUCGAGUUACCAGUAAAUUACCAUGACUAUCCAGAAUUUCGUUCUGAUUUCAAUUCAGUACUAAAAAGCACUGAUUGGUCUAUCGACAUGAUAUGA